AUGCGGUUAUACAAACUCAAGAUGAACCCCUCCAAGUGUGUUUUCGGAGUUCAGGUAGGAGAUUUCCUGGGAUUCAUCUUCUAUCAGAGGGGUAUUGAGGUCCCUGAAGAUAAGGCAAGCGCAGUCAUUAACGUAUCUCCCCCGCGAACGAAAAAAGAACUUCAGCGGUUGCUGGGUAAAAUCCAUCCGUUUUCUCCACUACUGAAGUUGCAGGGACAGAGCGAGUUUGUGUGGGAACCUAAGCAUCAAGAGGCUUUUGACAAAAUUAAGGCCUACUUGGCAAGCCCGCCAGUGCUUGUUCCCCCUAGAGCUGGAUUUCCGUUGAAACUGUAUAUUUCAGCAGAUGAGGCUUCCAUUGGCAGCCUACUCGCCCAAGAUGAUGAGAAAGGUGUCGAGCACGCCAUUUUUUACCUCAGUAGGAUGCUUACAGAUUGUGAAAUAAGGUACACUCCAAUGGAGAAGCUGUGUCACAUUGGCAAAUGGGUGCUGGCCCUAUCCGAGUUCUUGCUACAAUACAUUCCACAGAAAGCAGUUAAGGGUCAAGCCAUCGUAGACUUUUUGGCCCAUCACCCUAUGCUGGACGUCCCCACGGUGAGAGAUUUAGAGGUUGCUGCUGAAGCUGUCAGUCGCCCAGAUCUAGCAUGCUUGCCCGAAUAUGCCAUGUUAUAUCAAUCCACAGUCUCACUCCAACCCUGGGUAUUGUAUUUCGACGGCUCAAGAACAGACACACUCGCCGGGGUAGGGGUUGUUCUGGAAAACCCAGCAGGCGAUCGUUUUUCAUAUUCCUUCCAGUUAGAGUUCCGUUGUACUAACAACCAGGCAGAAUAUGAGGCCUUCAUCAAUCAUCAUAGGCCUAGAAGUGUUACUGGAACUAGGAGUAAGAGGCAUCCAAACCAAUUUGAUGACGUGGAUUUGGAAUAUAUUCCUCGUGAGCGCAACUUUGCGGUUAACGAACUCACUCAGCUGGCUACAGGCAUUACUUUGAAAUAUGGGGUUCGCGAGCGAAUUCUGAAAGUUGAGCGCCACACUCUACCUUCGUGGAUCACGAGGCCAGAUCCACCAGAUGAACCGAUGAUGGCAGCAUUAGAUCACAUUGACGUAGAUUGGUGCGAUUUGUUAAUUGCUUACCUCAAGCAGCCAGAGCCCACUACAGACAGAAAGAUACGUUUUCUGGCCCUAAACUACUUCCUCAGAGGCGACGAGUUGCGAUGA